CAAAUACAAAUGGUAACUCCUCAUUGAUCAUAGGAGGUGUGGUUGACUACUAACAAAUUACAGAUUAAACAUUAUUACUUUAUUUAUACUACUUUCAAUCAAAUAAUAAAUAAACGAUCUAAUUCUAUUGAAAUCAAUAAAUUGUCAACUUCAAAAUUAUGGGAUCUGUAAGUUUUCAUAUAUUUACCGUGGAAAAUUUAAUUCAUUUGAAUAAACAUAAUAUAAAUUCAUUUUGUAUUGUUUAUUUGAAUCUUCCCAUUGAUGUUUAGAGCUAUAAUUGAUCAGUCUCUUAUUAGCACAUAUGCAUUCUGUACGAAUUGCCUCAAUAUUCACCUUUGGUUUUCUAUUCAAUAUGAGAUAAUGUUUUAUUGAAAAACUACAAUAAACUCAAAAAACAUGUUUAGUAUUUUUUACAAGAUGUCACAAGGAAAGGCUUAAUUUUAUGAGAUUUAUAUUUAUUAACAUUUUUAUUUAAAGUUAAUCAAUCUAAUUAAAUUAAUCAAUCAAAUAUUAUGGGUGUAUUGAAUUGGGAAAUAUGAAGUUUCAACAGAACUUAGUUCAGGAUAAAAUAGUUUAGUUUGUUUCUAAGUUCAAUGAACUAAACAGUUUUAAUCAAUAUUGUAAAGUAUGUUCAUAUCCUGAGGUUUAAUUCAAUAAUUCACUAGACUGUUCAUGCAUAUAUAUAGCACACUAAUUAUAAUCAUUGUUUACUUAAUAUGUAAAUGGUUUUCUAGUCUAUAAAAUAAUAAAUGAAACCUUUGAAUACCUUAUCAAUAGUAUGAAGCGUUAUGGAAUUUCAUUUAAAUGUAUUACAUUUAAAGAACUAUUAAUUGAAUUAUACAUUUAGUUGAAUGAAUUUCAUUUAAAAUUUAUAUUCAAUUAAUCUUUGAACUAUACAAGAACUAUUGUUUAUAUUAUACUGAAUAAAUGGUUAAUACUAUUUCUGUUUUUUUGUGAUGAAUUGAUCAUUUUCCAGUUAGAAACUAUAUAUAUUAUAUGUAUGAGAUUACAUAACAACAAUGUUGAAUAAGUGAAUCAUUAAAUUUGUCAAUGAUUCAAUGUGUUUAUUAACGUGACUCGAGUAAUGAUUAAGAUAUUUGCAUAUAAAUGAUUAUGAAAAUACUAAUAGGAAGUUGAAGUUAGACAUUAACACCGUUGGAUGUUAGCUCAGUGGUCUGGAUUUGAAUCUCGUGGGUGGCGGGGUCGUGGAUGUGCACUGCUGAGGAGUUCCAUACUAGGACAAAACGGCCGUCCAGUGCUUCCAGGUUUUCCAUGGUGGUCUUGCUUUAAUUGACUCAUGAUUUCAACUAUUGAAAUUAAUAGGGAAGUAUUACAUUUUAUAAGUUAUUUAUUUGAGUAAUGAAAUCAUAGGUCUUUCUUAUACCAGGAAUUAAGUGCACAAUAUUAAGAUGUUUUUUUAACUUUUCAAAUGUUCAUUGGUUUACACCUAUAACUAAGUGAUUAUUCUUCCAAUGUCUAACUCAUUCGAUGUUUAAAGUAAUGGCAUCUAAUGUAAAUGAUUAAUCAGGCGUUAGUAUACCAGCACAAGAAUGAUGUCAUUUAUAACAAUGGAUUCUGAUAAUAUAUUAAUCUUUCUUCGGUUAAGUUAUUUCGAUAAUUAGUGAUAGUUCAUAUUAUACGGUAUAGUUGUCAUGAUUUACAGUAAUCAUUCUGAAAAACCAUUAAAAAUUAUGAAAGUGUCUGAGAAAUCUUGAUAUUCAUACUUAUUUUACGCACAAUGGUACUUCGAAACUACGUUAGAACUAAUUUUUCAGUUUAUUGUCAACUACCUCAUUGUUGAAUAGUACUGUAGAUUCUAGAAAUUAUCGUAAACAUUGGUAAACGAAAUAAUGAUCAGUCGUGAAAGAAAUCAGUAAAUUGUCAACAAAAUAUGUUGUCUUCAAUGAAAAUUGUAUUUUUUUUCAGAAGGUGCUUUAUGAUAAACAACAGAUCCAACAUAUGUGCUCAAAUAACAUGAUAAUGUAAAACAAUUUUGGAUUAAAUACAUCUAUAUUUCAAUUAAAUUGGAAACUAUUUAGUUAUGAUGUAUGUAAGUUAAGAUGAACGGAGUCAGAGUCAACAGUUCAAAAACCUAGUUCAUUGCAUGUUUCGUUUAGCCUUUGUCAUGCCUGAUCAAUUUACACCAAGGAGAUUUUUCAUUUUUUUAACCUAAAAAUUAAUAUCCGUAUUGGUUGUUUAAAAGAUAUAAGAAUUUCAUUUCACAUAAAUUCUCGUAACGAUCUGUAAUUUAUGACAUUGAAUUUUCUCAAUUAAAUUGUAUGCUUAUAAGGUAAUCAUCUGUUUAAAGCCAGAUUCAUCAAAACAAUGGAUGAAAUGACAGAAUUUUUAGCGAAAGCUAAUAGAUUAUGUUGUACUGUAAACUCACUACAUACAUGUACAUUUUAGUUAUCUAUAGAACCGACUUAAUGUUUUAUUAUGUAAUUAAUUAUUGUAUUUUACAUAAGUCUAUGGAUUGACACUUGUCUGCGUAUCUAUGGACUCGUAAAUGAAUGAACUACUAAGUAUCCGUAUAUUCUUUACUCGUUUUUUUGUGUUACUUAUUUUCAAGAUCAUAAUCUUUUUAAGUUGAAUUGAUAUUAACAGUUAUCAGUAUUUACUAAAGUGAAAGAAAUGUAAACUUUUUUCAGUUUUACGUUACUAACAUAGAUAACACCAAAGAAGUUAGCUAUUUAGUCUAGAUUAUUUCAUUCGACUUGUUUUGUGUCCGUUGAUUUGUAUAUUAAAAACUGAAUGAGUUUUAUGCUCUGCAAACGAUGUCAGUUUUAAUACAUCACUGUAAUCUGUUAGAAAACAGUUAUUUUUUCUAUACAGUUAUUAAUUUUACAGCAUAACUGACAUGUUAGAGCAUAGUUAUGCUUCAGUAAAUUAAGUUUGGAGCAAACUGAUUAUAUCAAUAUUUAUGAUGGUUCUAUUAAAAUUAAGAAUUUGAUUACUGUGUAUCCGUUUUUUUAUACCACUCAGUUUUAUAUACGUAGAAAUUGGACUGUUAUACUUGAAUCCAUUCAUAACUUAGACUUACUGUAAAAGACAAUCCUGUUGAUUAAGGAUUAUCAUGUAGUUACUUUUUCAAUGAGUUUAAAAUAUAAUAUGAGAAAGGCAUCAGUAGACUAUACUUAAUUUUGACAUUGGACAGUUCUUAAGAAUUAUUUUAGGACAUUAUUUUUAGGACAUACAGGAAGUAAAAUUUCAAGUUCUGCCAUGACUCUUGUGUUAACGUACCUGAUUGGUGGUAGCUACUGAACAUCUGCAGUAUAUCGUUGAUUUCAGUACCUUCGUCAAACUUGUUGGAAUUAUUCUACAUCGGAACCUAUCUUACGAAACUGGGAUCUAAGGGUUCAUAUUUUCAGUCAGUAGGAGGCAAGGGGCACUUUUAAUUAUUAUCACCUCUGGAUUAUCAACAAAGUCUGAACUUGAUUAUGUACACAGUUCACUGUUGUUGAGGUAACCAACUUCUAAAUACAUGAGUAUUAUUAAAUAAGAUGAACUGUAAAGAUUACAUUGUGCCCACUUUGAAGGUCGUUAAUGUUAUCCUGCUGAACUAAAAUGAGAUACCUGUUUGACGGUUACUAGUUCUUAACGAUCUUUCCUCAAACAUCAAUUUAUGAUACAAAAUAAAUUUAUCACAAAAAUAUUUGUUCCUAAAAAACUAAAAACCAAGAUGUUUAUUUGUUUAUUUACAUUUUCAGAAGAAUAAAAGGUUCACGAAAUCGUUAGCACUCUCUGUAUUCUUGACGUGUUUAGGAUCAUCCUUUACAAUUGGCUACAAUUUAGGAAUACUAAAUUUGCCAGGAGAGCAUAUUAAAGAGUUCUUAUCUCGUACUAUGUUGGGUAAAAAUGCAAGUGUAGCUGAAAAUACAACAAACCUUGUGACACCAAGUUUUUUAUAUGCUCAAGUUAGCACAGCUUUUGUAAUAGCUGGUGCAAUUGGAGCUUUCAGUUGUGGUGCUAUAGCUGAUUGUUUAGGAAGACGUAAUGGUCUGAUAGUAAACAGUUUACUUGCAAUUGCUGGAGGAAUAAUAGUUGGUCCAUGUGUAGCAUAUAGUCAACCUGCAUUACUAUUUGUCGGACGUGUUUUAAAUGGAUUCAAUUUUGGAAUAUCAAUGGGAAUAGCACCAAUGUAUUUGACAGAAAUAGCUCCCUUAUCUCUUCGUGGUGGAAUUGGUUCAUUGCAUCAGCUUGCUUUGACUAUCGGGAUACUUGUAUCCUACUUAGCAACAUUAACAUACACAUUAAAUACACCAACUUUAUGGCCUAUAUCUGUCGCUGUUGGAUCAAUUCCUGCAUUAAUUGCAUUAAUACUUCUACCUUAUUGUCCUGAAAGUCCACGUUUUUUAUUUAUAAAAAAAGGAAAAGAAGCACAAGCACGUAAAGCCUUUCAGCGACUUAAUUGUAUAGAUAAUAUCGAUGAAACAUUUGAUGAAAUGAAAAGAGAAAUGAAUGAAGCUGAAAAACGACCAAAAUUCAAAUUUUUCAAACUUUUCACUCAGAAAGAUUUACGUAUGCCAGUAUUAAUUGCUUGUAUCAUACAAGUAUUUCAACAGCUUUCUGGAAUUAAUGCUGUAAUCACUUAUUCUUCCACAAUGCUUAAAACUGCUGGAAUUCCAUUAAUGUAUAUUCAGUUUUGUGUAGUUGCUGUAGGAGCAAUUAAUGUGUUAAUGACUGUACUUUCGGUAUAUUUAAUUGAACGUGCCGGACGUAGAACUCUUCUUUUAUGGCCAACAGUACUCCUUGCUUUUUCAUUAUUAUUUUUAACAAUAUCAGUGAAUGUAGCAAGUUCAACAAAGGAUGCAACAACAGCUCGAACAGCUGGAAUAAUUUCAGCUGUUCUUAUAAUUCUAUAUGUUUGUGGUUUUGCUUUAGGUUUGGGUCCAAUUCCUGGUGUAAUUGUUGCUGAAAUAUUUAGACAAGAACCAAGAGCUGCAGCCUAUUCUCUAAGUCAAGGAGUUAACUUAUUAUGCAAUUUAUUGGUGUUAUUUAGUUAUCCAAGCAUUAAUGAUGCAAUUGGUGGUUAUUCAUUUUUACCAUUUUUAGUAAUAGUUAUUAUCUGUUGGAUAUUCUUUUAUUUAUAUAUGAUUGAAACAAAGAAUCGUACAUGUGAUAGUAAUGCAAGAGAUUUAGCUUCACCGAAAAUUGUUGCUUGUCAACGUCCAUCAAGAUUAAGUUAUAAAAAUGAAGAACCAUUUUAUUCAGAUGAGUAAAAUAAAUUUAUUAAAUAUAAAAAAAACAAACAAACAACUGACUCCCUUCACACACACACACGCUCUCACCACCCGCCCACCCCAAAAAAUUGACCAUUUUCAGAUUGAUCUUUAUUUGAUUAUUCAUUUUAAAACUGUAGUUUUUUUUGGUUUGUUCAUAUGUGGUAUUAUUAUCUUUAAUAUUAUCAUUGAUUUCUUUAUGCUUUCUUUCGACAAUAAACGUUUUUUUAAUUGUUUGUUUAUUUUUGAAGAAAUAAUUCAUUAUUUACAUACAUCACUCUACUGCAUUUUCUUAAUCUAUUUAUCUUAAUAAGAUUUAAAUGAGAGGGAAAAAAAUUGAGAUGAUCUUUCAAUAACAAAUAAUUUAAAUGUUUCGUUACAUAACAUUAUUCCUAUUGUAAAUAUUAAUAAUAUUAAUUAUAAUUAUUACAUAAUAAUCAAUGAUUUUUAAUUUAUAAUCUAUUCCCCUCACAUACAAAUGUUUCUUUAAAUAAUUUUAUUGGUUUUAUUUUACUUGAAACAUUCGAUGAAAAAUCUAUUUCAUAAUUGAUUAUUUGAUAAUAAUGAAUAUAACUUAUAGAUUGAA